ACAUCGGUUGUCCUUCUGUGCGGAUGGUUCGGCGUUCAGUAUACACGCCGUUUAACCAAAAAAAUACUAAACUGUCUAACUGUAUAGCCGCGCGCGUAUUGCCGUUAUUUUGCGAGUUGUUUACGUGAUUUUAUGUGCUUACCAUUUACCGCUGGAAAACGAUUUGAAACGAAAUGUUGUUCGUCGCGUUGUUUUUACUGUUAUCGCCAUCGUCGUUGUCGUUGCCGUUGUCACUGUCGUCAGUGUUGUCGUUGUCGAUUGCCAGCCACUGGCAGCUCUCUUCACAAAAGUUCUGAACGCAUCAAGUGAAAGUUUGCCCACCGUUAGUUCCCCCACUCUCUCGGGCAUAGCAAUUGCAGCAGACGCGUCGUGCCGGCGAUACCGUUAAUCAACUUCACCAGCAGCGUGUAUGUGUGUUUGUGUGCUUAAUUUGAUAGAUUUAUCGCAAAAAUGUUUGGACUCGUUGCACUGCGACAUGUACGGCCACGCCCACCGGCCAAUGGGCGUUUGGCUGGCGUUGCUCUACACAUUAUCAACAUCGUGGCCAUAGUGCUCUUAAUGAUGACUGCCACGCCCACUCGUGCCGAGAUACCUUCAAAGGGCAAACAUGCUCGCGUGGACCCACAGCAAACGGCACUGGACGAUGCGGACAUGCCCCGAUUUGCGGAACCCAUUGCCAAUGUCACCGUCUCCAUUGGCCGCGAUGCACUGCUCGCCUGUGUCGUUGAGAAUCUGAAGGGCUAUAAAGUGGCCUGGGUGCGCGUCGAUACCCAGACAAUACUCUCCAUACAUCACAAUGUGAUAUCACAAAAUAAUCGGAUCAGUCUGACCUACAAUGAUCAUCGAUCGUGGUAUUUGCAUAUCAAGGAGGUGGAGGAAACAGAUCGCGGCUGGUACAUGUGCCAGGUGAAUACUGAUCCGAUGCGUUCGAGGAAGGGCUACCUGCAGGUGGUGGUGCCACCCAUGAUAGUCGAGGGCAUGACCAGCAAUGACAUGGUCGUCCGAGAGGGGCAGAAUGUGUCGCUGAUGUGCAAGGCGCGCGGCUAUCCGGAGCCCUAUGUCAUGUGGCGACGGGAGGACGGCGAGGAAAUGCUAAUUGGCGGAGAGCACGUCAAUGUCGUCGAUGGCGAGCUGCUGCACAUCACCAAAGUGAGCCGACUCCAUAUGGCGGCCUAUCUCUGCGUGGCAUCCAACGGUGUUCCGCCAUCGAUUAGCAAGCGCGUCCAUUUGCGAGUUCAAUUUCCGCCCAUGCUGUCCAUACCAAAUCAGCUAGAAGGCGCCUAUUUGGGCCAGGACGUUAUGCUGGAGUGCCACACCGAGGCAUAUCCGGCCUCUAUUAACUACUGGACGACGGAACGCGGCGACAUGAUAAUAUCAGACACUUCCCGGGCGGGCGAUAAAUACGAGACCACAUCAACCGUCAGCGGUUAUACGAAAUAUAUGAAGUUAAAAAUUCGCGCCGUUGGCCCGAACGAUUUUGGCACCUAUCGCUGCGUGGCAAAAAACUCGCUGGGCGAAACCGAUGGCAACAUUAAGCUCGACGAAAUGCCCACGCCCACAACAGCAAUAAUAUCCGAGAUGGCCAUGUUAAAUCGAAGCUAUGAUGGCAAGAGACGUCAUAGAAAUAAAUUUGAGUCGGCUAACGCUUUGCCUGAUUACGGGGUUGAGGAGUGGCGUGACGGUGCUCAAGGCAGCCAUGGUGGCAACACUGGCGAUAACAAUCAAACGCCCGUGCGUAAUCCGCCCGGAGCAUUUCACAAUUCUGCAGGCUCACUGGCACAGCAUAAUCUACUUGGUAAAAUAAUGCGCGGCAUUAAAACGCAAUCAUUUGGGAUUUUCAAACGUUUAUCGAGUUAUUUGCCAGCGGCGCUGCUGGCGUCGCUGCCAGCGUCGACAAGUCGAUGGCGUAUGAGUAAUAUGAAAAGCCAAGCCCACACUCAGCCACUGGAGACUGCUGUCGGCGUGCAGUCAAACAUAAACAGAAGCAGCGGCAGCAGCAGCAGCAGCAGCAGCAGCAGCCACAGGACCAUCCACAGUAACACCAUCAACACCAACAGCAACAACAACCAGACUAGCAAUAGCAAUCGAUGGGCGUGGCAGCGAGAGUCGCGCAUAUUUCACAUAGCUCAUACGCCGCGUGUGACGCAAUGCGAUUGGCCAACGCUCAUUUGCAUAGUAAUAUUGGCAGCGGGCGUUGUUGUUGCCACGGAUGUUAUGCCCAAGUUGUUGUUGCUGUUGCUGUUGUUGUUGUCUCCAUUGUUGCUGUUGCUGCAUUUUAUCGGCAGCCGGAUCGCAUUUUCUAUUAGUGCGGCGCAUAGGCAACAUUUAAUGCUAACAUUUUCGGCUGUUGGUAAUAAGGUUGCCGCAUUGUUGCCGCAAAUUUAUACAACAACAGCAGCAGCAGCAGCAGCAGCGGCAGCAGCAGCAGGGGCAGGAGCAGGAGCAGGAGCAAGAGCAGGAGUCGCGGCAGUAGCAACCCAGCCAAACACAUUUAGUUUGCUUUGCCAGCCCUGGCAUUCAAGAUGAAAUCAAAUAAUUGCAAAAAACUCAUUUAGGGCACAACAACAUGACGGAGAUGAUGAAGAAGUGGAGAAAGAAGAAGCUGUAGAAGUAGAAGAAGCAGCAGAACAAACAGCACGCCAAGAGCGUGCAAAAUAGAAUCAAACUUAGACAAGUAAGUAAAAAGUAUAAAAAACAGCAUAAAUGUUGUGCAAAAUAUGUAAGCAGCACAAGAAACUCAAAUGGCAUACUCAUAUAAACAUAUAUAGAUAUAUAUAUGAACUGUAUAGCAAUAAUCGUAAAAUGUUUCUCAUGCUAAAUGGCAACAGCAAUUGGCGUGGCUCUUACAUACAUUGAUUUUUUAAUUGCCAAUCAGCAGCAGUUGAAGCAGCAGUUGUCUAUUUCCUUUCUCAAUGUCUAAACGGAUUUUCUAAUGCAAUUAAUUAAGCAUUUACAGUAAUUCAUUGAAAUGUCAAUCAAUGCUGAAAUGACUGCCAUUCAUUCCCAUUCAACUUGCAUUUAAACGUCUUUCACAAAUCAAAGUAGAUAAGAAAUUGCCAAUAAAACCUAAGCAAACCUCAGACUUAAUGAAAGAGUUGGCUUUAUUGUAU